AUUCCAUAUCUUCCACCAAAUGAAUAUAUCAAUAAAUAUCAAUAAAUAUCAAGCUAUAUUACUUGCAUUGUCAAAAUUGCGAAUAUGUAUUUAAUUGAAAUUUUAAUUUAUGCUAAAAAUAUUAUGUUUGCAUUCUUAAUAAGUAAAUAACAUAAAUCAAUGGAACAUAAAUAAUUAUAAUAUAAAUAAUUAUUAAAAUUAUAAUCUAUAAAUAAUUAUCUUUAUAGAGAUUAUCAUGUUAGAAAAACAACUUGGAGUAUCGAAAUACUAAUUUGUAUAAUGUUAUAUCUAUCUAUACAUUCUUUUUUCGAAUAUAAUUUACUAAACGCUCUUUUUUUAGACAUAUAACUUUUUCCUCAUUUUCUCUAUAUAAUUUUACAUCUUUUUUUCUUAUUUUAAUAAAUAUAUUAGUAAACAACAAAGGCGUAAUGUUAUGGAGUGUGAAUCUGGUGAAAUGGUAUUUAUUUUUAUUGCUUCAAACGUUAUUGUAUUACUAGAUACAAUGUAUAAUAUGUGCACUAAAAUGAAAUGAAAAUGUCAAAAUAUAGCUAUUCUCUGGUAGAGAAGAAAAGUCUAAUCUUUCAGAUUUAAAUUUCCUGCGAAAUGAAUUUUUGAAACAAUAACUUUGUUUUUCUUUUCUUUUUUUACUUUUUCUUUUCUUAAUCCUUUUUAAGAAAAUUAAUAAGCCAAAAUUUUUGAUAUUAUUCAAUUUUUUAUUCGAGUAAUUUCCUGAUAAUCAAAAUCUUGUCUCAAAAUAUAAAUUGAUAGAAAAUAUGAUGUUCAAAAUAGAUAAUAAUCGAGUUGAAUUUGAAAAUUUUUUAACUUUUUUAAUUAAAUAAAAUGGAUACCUGAACAAUUAAUGUAAGAAUUAAUUUUAUGUAUUAUAAGUUUAUGGAUUUUAACAUAUAAAUGAGUACAUAAUCUUAUUUUUACAUAUUCAUGUACUAAAAAACAAUAUUUAAAAACAAAAAAUAAAUUAUUCAAAAAAACAUUUAUAAAAUCAAUCAAAAAUUAAAAUUUCAAAUUUAAUAGCUUAAAUAUCAUUAUAUAUACAAGAUAUUCUUUUCUUUGCUAUUAGAAUAGCACGAAUAAAUUUUGCCUUUGUAUCUUGUUCCAUCCUAAAAUAUACGCGUGCACAAUGGUUCAGAGGACAGGAUUAAAAAUUAAAAAAAAAAUGUUCGCAAUUACAGAUAAAAAUAAAAAAAAAACAGUAUCAUCUGAACCAUCGUACACUCGCAAUCUUUUACUUUGUAAUUAUAUUCUGUACAUAAGUAUCAUAAAUAAAAUCACAUUAACGAGAGUGCCAUUUAUGGAAGUUUCAUCAAUUUUGCGAGUUAUCCUUCCCUUUCCUUUAAAUUUGAAAUAAAAACGAUAUCAUCCAUUUCGAAUUCGACAAUGUUCUAUGCAAUGGCAUGGUAAAUAUUUCAUUGUGGCGAGCACGUGAAAUUUACUACUGAGUCGGGAGAGAAUGAUUUACAAGGUAGUUAAAGGCAGCAUCUAUGUUUCUUGUGCACUGUAUCGAAGGCGCACAAUGUUGGGUGAAAAUAAUAUAUAUGUGUAUAUAUAUAUAUAUAUAUCCAUGUACUUGAGAUAUUUAUUUAAUAUACGUAUCACACGAACAUAUAUUUAUCUAACAUUAGAUCUGUCUUAUUCAGAAAGGAAACAAAAGUGGCAUUAACGUGACGAAAAUUUAAAAUUUUCAGGCUAAAACGAGACGAAUCGAGUCGCUUUUAACUGCAAGGAGUGUGAAAAAACCGUCGAAGAGGAAUAAAAUCGAUAAAAAAUUUGAAAAACGAUCGACGAUUAAUUGCAAAAUAGGAAAGAAUGAUAUAGAUUUUUCAAAUUGCACAAAUCAGAAUUCGAGAAUACUCGAAAGUACAUUUUCACAAAACGUAAAAUCUGGUAGAAACAAUAGCAAUGCGUUGAACGAUCAUCGAAAAGAAAUUACGGUAAAACGUUCGAAGCGUUCCUCGGAUAAGAAACCUAAUUACGUAGGCUUCAAAGAACAAAUUCCCUUAUCGAGGAGGCUCUAUCGUCAUCCGAAGCUGAGCUACGAGGAGCAAGAAAAGAAGCACGCGUUUCGGAAUGAAGGUACAAUCAAACCUUUGUUCGAGGAAUUGAACAGUUAUGUAUCAGUCUCCUCUGACGAUAACGAAUAUUUCGAGAUGCAAAAGAAUUUGGGAAACGAUAAUAAUACGAAAGAUUCACGAGAGUUUGACGAUAUAAAAAUUAAGAAAAAUAUAAUGAACGAAGACUCGAUUAAACGAGAAAGUCGUGAAAAUUACAUCAAUAUACAGGAUCAUCAGAGAGAUGUUAAUGACACGACAUCCUUGGAUAUUUUAGAUUACGAUCCAAACAAAAUUCCAUACGUCGAGGUGCCAGAUUACUCUGACAUUAGGGAAGAAAGUUUGGACGAGAAGGAUCGCCGAAGGAAAGAAGGGAAAAGUGAUUUUAUUGAUCGAGAGACAUCGAAAACGAAUUACGACAACUCUGAAGAGAAGUCUGUAAGAGACUCGUUAAAAGGGAAAGGAAAUUUGAUCGAAGGAUUGAACGAUUCAAAUUUCACAAAUUUUAAAACGUACACGAAUAUAAAAGAAUUGGAGGAUGAAAAUAAAUCGGACGAUUUCGAAGAGGAGUUCGUUUCUUUCGAACGUUUAAAAAGCGACAAAUUCGAGGAGGAUAAAGAAGAGAAACGUUUAAAUGUAGCGCGGAACGGUAAUAACAAUUUAAACAAUUCCAACGUGGAUGAAGGAGAAAAUGGCGAGCCACGAGGGGAAGAUCCGGAGGAGGACACAGGAAGCGAGUCGGGUCCCAUAAUUUUCGACAUAAACGAAUACAGGAAGCCAUUCGAUCUAGACGAAUUUCUUAAGGACGAUCCGAUAAUGAAAAAGUUGAAGCUGCUCGAAAAGGAGACACGGGCCAAGUACGGACAGAGCGGGAAACGAGUUUCAGCCGACUUUAACGAAUCCGAAAGUGAUAAUGCGUUCAGGGAACGAGCGGACGGCCAAAGGAAUUCUGCCGAUACUUUCGAUCGUCUGUCGAAAUCUCAUCGAUCCACCGACUCCAUCUUUCGGAAAGCAAAGGAGGGAAUAAAAAAUCCUGAGGAUUCUAACGAGGAGGACGAACGUUUUGUCUCGAAAGAGGAGAAGGAAAAUGAUCCUUUGCCAGGAUUCGAAAGUGAAGAGAAACCCUUGCGCCGAUAUUUCACGGAAGGUGCAAUUAGAAACUUGAAAGGGGACACGUACGAAGCUUUGUCGGCAAUCUUGGGAAGGAAAAGUCGAGUCUCGCGGCUGAACGGGGACGUUGAUGAAAGGAUGGAAGCCGGAGACGAGGAGGGAUACAAAAACUUCUGGCCCUUGGAAUAUAAAUCUCCGAGAGUGGACAUGGAAGCGCAAGAAAGGAGGAAAUAGCUGCAUAUCGAAUCGAAAUCUCAGCGUUGUAA